UACUCGAUUCAGCGCCGUGGCUAGGCAAGGGCCGGGCGCGCGUGAAGUUUGACGGUAGACCUACACAUUACCAUUCAUGCAUGUACACGUGGACAGUGCAUAAUGCCAGUUGUGGUUUGGCCGAGGGUCACGUCAGUUGAGAACUUGAGUCGUUUGUUGGUGAAUUUUGUGAGUUACAUCUUGCUGUAAGUGGUAUCUAAGUUGAGUUUCAGCCAUUCCAGUGUUCGACCAGCGAAGUGCUGAGUGCAGUGUAGAUCAUACCAGUCAUUGUAACAAAAGAAGACAUAGUGAGGCAACAAGAUGGCGGACGGCACCAGCUACGUGUUGGUAACAGGAGGAGCGGGCUACAUCGGUAGCCACACCGUCUUAGAGUUGCUGAAGGAAGGCUACAGCAUCAUCGUUUUGGAUAAUCUAUCAAAUGCUGCAAAAGGUGUAAACAGCAUCCCGGAAAGCCUCAGCAGAGUCAGAAAUAUAGUGGGCGGGGAGAUAAAGCUGGUGUUUUACGAGGUGGACAUGCUCAACGUGGAGGAACUGAGGAACAUUUUCAAGAAGCACAAGAUCCAAUCUGUGAUUCACUUAGCAGCCAAGAAGGCCGUGGGCGAAUCCGUGGAGAAACCACUCUUAUACUACAGUGUCAACGUCACUGGGACGUUGAACCUCCUCAACGUCAUGAAGGAGUUUAAGGUCAGGAACAUGGCCUUCUCCAGCUCAGCCACGGUUUAUGGCACCCCCCGGAAGCUGCCCAUCGACGAGUUGGAGCCCACAGGCAACAUCACCAACCCCUACGGCCGCUCCAAGUUCAUCGUGGAGAUGAUCCUGAAAGAUCUGUACCAGUCGACAGAGGACUGGAAUAUUAUCCUGCUGCGCUACUUCAACCCCAUCGGGGCCCACGAAUCAGGCCAGAUCGGCGAAGAUCCCAGUGGUCCGCCCAACAACCUGAUGCCGUACGCCACGCAGGUCGCCGUGGGCAAGAGGGAGGAGUUGAAGGUGUUUGGGAAUGACUACGACACGCCAGAUGGCACAGGUGUCCGUGAUUACAUCCACGUGGUAGACCUCGCUAUCGGCCACGUGGCGGCAAUCAAGAAGCUGGAGGAGAAUUGCGGCUUGAAGGUCUACAACCUCGGAACCGGGACCGGCUACUCGGUGUUUGACAUUAUCAAAGGGCUGGAGAAGGCUGCAGGGAGGAAGAUCAAUUACAGUAUCGUUGGCCGUCGGGAAGGUGAUGUGGCAUCUGUGUACGCAGAUUCAAGCCUGGCCGAAAAAGAACUUGGAUGGAAGGCCGUCAGAGGCCUGGACAAAAUGUGCGAGGACCACUGGCGUUGGCAGUCUCAGAAUCCCAAUGGCUAUACAUUGUGAUGGCCCGCUGACCAACGGAAGUCUUGGUGCCAGACAUUCUGCCAUUUCAUUCUGAGAGUGGACUGAUAAGGUGCCGACAGAUAUUCCCAGAGUUUGUCUUCUUUUCAUCUUGAUGAGUUUUGUGAAAAGGUUUAUUACAUCUGUAUUUUUUAUUUAUAUAAAUAAUAAUUUACCGCUAUUGGGUCAUUAGGGAGGCAUUCCCGUAAGAACGUUCACAAAAUUUUUCCAACUUUAUUGCCCCAUAAUUCAAUAUUCCCUAAUCUGAUCUGAACCAAACUUUGUAUGUUUUC